AUGACCAAUUUAAAUAAUUGGGAUAAAAAGGAUUUCAUUGCUCUGAAAAAGACCUUGAAUCAAUUUAUCUCAAACAUUCGAUUUUUCGUAAUUAGUUCAGCGGAUUUUGAUCAGAAAGUUCAACCUUUUGCGGAAGUAUUACCUGAAAAACUUUAUCAAGAGAUUUUGUCGUAUCAUAAGGAUAAUAUUCAACCAAGUCCAGAUACAUUCUUGCCUCCUCGUCAAGGAAAAGUUUUUGUUGAUUCAAAAAUUAUUAAUCGUAGACAUGCGGCUAUCCUUGCUAACUGGAUCCAGAGAAAUGAUCCUUAUGAUAGAAUUCCAAUAAAUGUUAGAUAUAAUCUUGACCUUAUUUAUCAUGGAAGUAGAGAUGGUUAUGAUAUCGAUACUGUACGUACGAAAUGUCAUACUCAGGGAUCGUGUAUUUUGGUCAUGAAGAUUGAAGAAAAUGAUGCCAUAAUUGGUGGUUACAACCCUAUCGGUUGGAAUCAUAUUAACACGAAUUAUUCAAGUGAACACACCUUUUCCUGGAUCGAUACUAAUGAAAGUUUCAUUUUUUCGUUAGAUGGGAAAGAUUUAAAUAAUAUUAAGAUUAGUCGAGUUGUGGAUAGCACAAAAGCGUUAUAUGAAUCGAAUUUUUAUAAUUAUAAAUUGAAUUUUGGUAAUAGCGAUUUGAUCAUUAACGUUAGUGAUAACUUUGGCACAUGUAAUCAAAGCAAUUAUGAAAGUUCCAUAUUAGUUCCAAACAUUUUCUUCAUCAAAGAAAUCGAAAUAUUUAAGAUUGUAAAACGGGAAAUAUUACAAGAUGAUUUGUAA